UGUCGCCUGCACUUGUGUUUCCCAGCCGUGAGGAAGGCUGCUAAGACUGCUGCGGGUGCUGCUGCUGGCAGUGGAGAGUGCCUUUCACAGCAAGUGGAGCAGGCCCUUGAGUGAGGGCUGCAGGGGGAUGGAGCUGUGGAGGCAGUGUGCCGGCUGGCUUAUCCAGUGCCGGGUGCUGCCCCCCAACCACAGAGUGACCUUAGAGAGCGCCCAGGUCUGUGACUUAGCCCAGGCCUUGCGGGAUGGGGUCCUCCUUUGUCAGCUGCUCAACAACCUCAUGCCUCACGCCGUCAACCUGCGGGAGAUCAAUCUGCGGCCUCAAAUGUCUCAGUUCCUGUGCCUCAAGAACAUCCGAACCUUCCUUGCCACUUGCUGCGAGAAAUUUGGUCUGUGCAAGAGUGAUCUCUUUGAGGUCUUUGACUUGUUUGAUGUGAAGGAUUUUGCCAAGGUGAUUGACACCUUAUCAAUAUUGUCAUGGACACAGAUUGCUCAGCGUAGAGGGUUCAUGCCAUUCCCUACAGAGGACAGCAUUGCUGAUGACGAUAUAUACAGCGGCUUAUCAGAUCAGAUUGAUGACACCAUGGAGGAAGAUGAUGAUCUGUAUGACUGUGUAGAGACUGAGGAGGCAGAAGGAGAUGAGAUCUACCAGGACCUAAUGAGGUCAGAGCCAUGCGUCAUGCCGCAGAGAAUGACUGAACUGGAUAAAAGGAAAUGCUGCCUUCAAGAAAUUCAACAGACAGAGGAGAAGUACACAAACACACUUGAAUCAAUUCACCAGCAUUUCUUGAAACCUCUGCAGUUGUUUUUGCCACCCCAGGACCUGGAAAACAUUUUUAUUAACAUUGAGGAACUUUUAAAGGUUCACCAAUGCUUUCUGGCAGAUCUGAAGAGUGGUUUGUCUUUCAGCAAUGCCCAGAACCUCUACCAGGUGUUCAUCAGGUACAAAGAGAGGUUUUUGCUGUAUGGUCGAUACUGCAGUCAGGUAGAAGCAGCCACUAAAUACCUAGACCAGGUAGCUAACACCAGCGUGGAUGUACGCAUGAAACUGGAGGAAUGUUCUCAACGAGCCAAUAAUGGCCGCUUCAGCUUACGUGACCUCCUCAUGGUACCCAUGCAAAGGGUACUGAAAUAUCAUCUCCUUCUACAGGAGCUGAUCAAAUAUACUGUGGAUCCCGCUGAAAAGGAGAACCUGAGACAGUCGCUAGACGCCAUGCGGGACUUGGCUCAAUGUGUGAAUGAGGUCAAAAGGGACAAUGAAACACUGAAACAAAUCACUAAUUUCCAGCUCUCGAUAGAAAAUUUGACACAAUCCCUGGCUCAGUAUGGGAGACCGAAGAUUGAUGGGGAGCUCAAGAUCAUCACGGGGGAUAAGCGCUCCAAAAUAGACAGGUACGCUUUCCUCCUGGAUAAAGCCCUCCUAAUCUGCAAACGGAAAGGAGAUUCAUAUGAGAUGAAGACAUUGGUUCUUCUGUCCGACUACCAGGUCCGAGAUGACCCUUCUGCAGAGAAGGACAACAAGAAGUGGUCUCACAUGUUUGUCCUAAUUCAGCUAAAUGGCUGUUCAGGCUGUGAACUGUACUUCAAGACACGGGAGCUGAAAAAGAAGUGGAUGGAACAGUUUGAAAUGGCCCUUUCCAAUAUCUAUCCCGAAAAUGCUACAGCAAAUAGACAUGAAUUCCAAAUGUACUCCUUUGAGGAGACCACUUCAUGCAAAGCCUGUCAGAUGCUGCUGAGAGGAACCUUCUACCAGGGUUAUCGUUGUAGCAAAUGCCGGUCACCUGCUCACAAGGAAUGUCUGGGCCGAGUGUCACCAUGUGGAAAGUCCAAUUCGGAGUCUGGCUCUACUAUGAAAAAGAAUAAAUCCAAUCGACAUACAAUGGAGAGAGAAAAACCAGAUCUGGGCCUGCCCAAGCUGGAAGUCUGUCAGGAAUAUUAUGGUCUACCUCCGCCACCUGUGGCAUUCGGCCCACCACUGAGGCUCAGUGUGGGGGAUAUUGUGGAGCUAAGCAAAGCUGAGGCAGAGCAACUGUGGUGGCAGGGGAGGAACACAUCUAGCAAUGAGGUUGGCUGGUUUCCUUGCAAGAAAGUAAAGCCUUAUGUCUCUAGACCCCCUCCAGAUUUGUCAGUUUAUCACUGGUACGUAGGACCCAUGGAACGGGCUGAAGCAGAACAGAUCCUUUCCAGUCGUUCAGACGGGACUUACCUAGUUCGGCAAAGAAUCAAGGAUGCCACUGAAUUUGCCAUCAGCAUCAAAUUCAACACUGAAGUCAAGCACAUCAAAAUCCAGACCAAAGAUGGCUUGUAUCGCAUCACAGAGAAGAAAGCUUUCAAAGGACUUACGGAGCUGGUGGAGUUUUACCAAGAGAAUUCCCUAAAGGAUUGCUUCAAGACCCUUGAUACUGUGCUGCAGUUCUCUUUCAAAGAGCCUGAGAGGAAAACAGCGGCAAAACAAACAAGGAAAAACUUUAAAUAUUUUGGCUCAGCCAAGGCUCGCUACAAUUUCUGUGCACGAGAUCGGACUGAACUAUCCCUCACAGAAGGAGACAUCAUAAAGAUUUUGAAUAAGAAAGGGCAGCCAGGAUGGUGGAAGGGAGAGAUCUAUGGCCGGGUGGGCUGGUUCCCAGCAAAUUAUGUGGAGGAGGAUUAUUCAGAGUAUUGCUGAGGAUACAACUAAGAAGGCUACACUUAAGGAUUCUUUGGCAGUAUAUCCUGGAGCAAACAGUGUGUUUGCUUCCAGGAGCUAUUGAAGUGCAAAAGUACUAUUAUUUAUGAACUCCCUUUAAUCCACUGCUCCUUCUUCCAUUAAUUACAGAUCAUUCUGUGUCCUUUUGUCUAAUAAAGUGGGUGGGUAUUAAAAACUU